ACCUGUCUGAGGUAUAAAUAAGGUGCUGUUUGGUUUGGUUCAUAUUUCUCCGAAAUGUGAGGCUCUCUUUAUUUUUUCAAGGCGGGCGUGAGACCGGUUGCGCGAGCGGGACGGGUGCCGGUGGAAGGAAAGCUCGCGAGGAUCGCGGCGACAGCGGGCAUCCAGACACAGCACAGUCCUCCGUCGGCGCGGGCACAGACCGACGUCUCGCCCCGACGUUCGCACCCGCCACGCACCUCCGCACGUCAAAAACUUUACGUGCCACUGUCAAUUUGUUUGUCUUGCCCAUGUUCGACGACUAACACAUUGAACUACAACGGCUAUUUUAGGCUGCCUUCCCAUACCUAUACUUAAUUUGCAAGUGCCGGCAGGAUUGUGACGAUUUAACAACUUGUGUGAAAAGCAUCUCUGUCGAGUUUCGUGCCUGUUGCAUCUUUAAAUAACGGUGGCGAGGAAAAUGGCCGAGCAAUUUGCAAAACUAGUCUGCCAGGCGAUGCCAAUAUUAACGACAUGAACCUUACAAUUCCAGUAUUUGGCUACGUAACCUAACAAAGAAUCUUACUCUUAAUAUCUCUAAGUCACCAUCAUGAACUUGAAAGUCAUCCCCCUUCUCCUAACCUGGAAUUUUAUUGUUAUAUCAGCGACACGAGAUUCUUUCGAAGACGAGGAAACGGCUAGAGCGCGAGAAAUACGCAACAGAGAGAACAACCGCAACAGAACCACCUUUAAUGGAACCCUCACGGAUCUGCCCGAAAGGCGAAACUUGAGGCAUAGAAACAGUUCAAAGUUCCGGGGCCACAGGCGCAGGGCCUGGGACCGCGAGUAUGAUGUUAGGAGAGACAGAAGGAAAGGGCCAGAUGCGCACUCCUCCGACGAGGCAGCAUCCAACAAAACCACCGACCUUUUUCAUAAAAAAGAAGAAAAGCCGCGUAAAAGCGACAAGCAAUUGAAUAAAAAUAAUAAUAUGGAUAAAUCUUUUGGAGGAAAGAAGCCUCUUAGCCAAAGUAAAAUGCAAGAAAGGAAUCACCAAGUACCGCUUAAAGACAACAGCACGCGAGCCAAGGGGAGGGUGAGCAACAAGUGGCAGAGCGGCGGGUACAUUCCGUUCCCGCAGCCGCGGGAGCGCAAGCCGAACAUCAUCAUGGUGCUGACGGACGACCAGGACGUGGAGCUGGGCAGUCUAAACUUCAUGCCGCGGACCAUGAAGGCCAUCAGGAGUGCGGGCGCCGAGUUCCGCCAUGCCUACACCACUACGCCCAUGUGCUGCCCCUCCAGGAGCUCGCUGCUGACCGGCGUGUACGUGCACAACCACCACGUGUACACCAACAACGACAACUGUUCGUCGCCAACGUGGCAGGCCAAGCACGAGACCAAGACCUUCGCCACCUACCUCUCCAACGCGGGCUACCGCACGGGCUACUUCGGCAAGUACCUGAACAAGUACAACGGGUCGUACAUCCCCCCCGGCUGGCGCGAGUGGGGCGGCCUCAUCAUGAACUCCAAAUACUACAACUACAGCAUCAACAUGAACGGCAAAAGGAUCAAACAUGGAGAUGACUACCAAAAGGAUUACUACCCGGACCUGAUCGCAAACGACUCCAUAGCGUUCCUCCGCGCUUCGAAGCGACGUUUCGCGCGCAAGCCGGUCCUGCUCGUGAUGUCGUUCCCGGCGCCCCACGGGCCAGAGGACUCCGCGCCACAGUACUCGCAUCUCUUCUUCAAUGUGACAACUCAUCAUACUCCGACUUACGACAUGGCCCCGAACCCGGAUAAGCAAUGGAUCCUGCGCGUGACGGAUAAGAUGAAGCCGAUCCACCGCCAGUUCACCGACCUGCUCAUGACCAAGCGGCUGCAGACGCUGCAGAGCGUGGACAUGGUAAAUACUACUCUAGACAGCUCACCGGCGGCCGACAUGGCCCCGAACCCGGACAAGCAGUGGAUCCUGCGCGUGACGGAUAAGAUGAAGCCGAUCCACCGGCAGUUCACCGACCUGCUCAUGACCAAGCGGCUGCAGACGCUGCAGAGCGUGGACAUGGCGGUUGAACGGGUUUAUCAAGAGCUGAAAGCACUAGGUGAACUAGACAACACGUACCUGGUGUACACUUCGGACCACGGCUACCACCUCGGGCAGUUCGGCCUGGUGAAGGGCAAAAGCUUCCCCUUCGAGUUCGACAUCCGCGUGCCCUUCCUCGUCAGGGGUCCUGGUGUCGAGCCUGGCACAGUUGUGGACGACAUUGUGCUGAACAUCGACCUGGCGCCGACGUUUUUGGACAUGGGCGGCGUGGUGCCGCCCGCGCAUAUGGACGGCCGCUCGCUGCUGCCGCUGCUGCAGCCGCGGCGCCGCCGCCAGCCAAGCACGCACUGGCCGGACACCUUCCUUGUCGAGAGCUCGGGUCGCCGAGACAUGCAGCACUCGUCGAGCAAGUACAGCCGCGAGCUGAACCCGGGCAGCAGCACCGGCGCGCCCUCGGCCGAGAGCAGCGACUUUGAUGACACCGCCGACGACGACUUCCUCGAGCCUAACGACGACGACGAGGAAGACGAAGACGACGAUGUGGAUGCGGAACAUAAUGACUCCAAAGCGUCGGUGGAACCAACAAUAUCCAACGAGAGUCAUAAUCCUAUUUUGGAUGACAGCUUGGAAAAACUUGAAUCAGACGAGGCCAGUUUGGAUGCCCAAGAUAUUUUCUUUACACAGCCCGAUAAAAAAUAUAUUGUGCAAGGGACAGAAAAUGUGAUAGCGGGCGGAAAGGCGGGCAGGCUCGCCGACGAGUGCUCGCAGGCGGAGGCGCGGCUGCCGUGCGCGCCGGGCCGCAAGUGGCGCUGCGUGCUCGUCGCCGGCCGCUGGCGGCGCCACAAGUGCAAGUACGAGGGCGAUAUUGGCGUGGCGCCCCCGAAGAUGAGUACCAAGAAGUGUGCGUGCUUCACGCCAAGCGGGCUGGUUUACACGAGGCUGGAGACGGACGGCACCAUCGCGCGACGUCCAAUCGCAGCGCUCAAAGACAACACCACGAGAAGCCGUAGAUCUAUCGAUAACGACGUCUUUGAGCCCAAUACUGUGGAUAGCAUUCUAAAGGAAAAUCCGAGUAUCGGACAUUUAAGUUCCAAAAAUGAACCUAUCAGUGAAAUCGAGAACAGGAACUUGACUGACACAAUCGAUAAGCUGAUAGAGGAGACGGAGGCCUUCCUAGAGGCUUAUGAACGUACCAAAGAUAAUAUAGGUAAGACGAGAAUAAAGCGACGGGCUCAGAAUUGGAACAAACAUAAACAACGCAAUGAUGCCAUCGUCAACAGCAAUGAAUCGUCGUUAGAAUGUAAAAUUGAAAGAGACGGACAAGUGAACUGUUCUCAAGUUAUUUAUAAGGACUUAAAAGCAUGGCAUACUAAUAGGUUAAGUUUGGAAGAUCAAAUAAGGCAGCUGAAAACUAAACUAGAAGAUUUAAAGGAAAUCAAGAGACAUUUAAAGACAGCUAAACCUGCCGUUAGUACAAAUAUACAUCAGACAAACCCCAUACACGCGUCCUCGUUUACAGAUCAGAUACCGAUUAAAACUGAUGUGCCGACUCAAAAUAAUUCAAAAGAGUUUUUCAGAAAAGCAAGAUUGCAUCGCAUUAAAUCAAAACACAAGAACGGAACACAUUUCGAUAAAAAGUUCAGCCAGUCAAACGAGUAUCUCAUUCCUACUAUAAACGUUAAUACCAAAGAUGUUGUGUUCGACACACAAUUCAAGAAUGUUAGUUUAGCUGAGACUGGUCAGAGUAAUUCCACAAACGAAGAUAAUGUUACUCAAAAUACCCUUAUAUUAGUUACUGAACUGCAAAAGCCCGAAGUUACUACUAUAACAGACGGAAACUACUUCGGUAGAACGGAUUCCCCGCUGGUGGAAAAAGAAACACAGAAUGCCAGUACCACCGAUAUCACAACGUCUAAUACAGAACAAAGUAUUUCAGUAAUAACCCAAUCAUUUGAAUCUGCUAGUCCGAAACAGGUAGCACAUGUGGACCAGCACACCGAACAUUCUCCUGUAGAUUUUACGCAAGGUCUAUCCAACUUUAAUUCCGCUAUCGACGACAUUUUAUCUUCCCAACUUCCGGGUGCAGUCAAAAGUGAGAAAUCAUCAACGCCGUCUUCGUCGACAACGACAUUCGGCAGCACGACUCCGGACGCAACGAACUUGGGGCCGGCAAGGCUCGACGCCUCGGAGUAUGAACAACGGAACCCGAAUAGGGGUGUUUCAAGUAACACUGGAAUCUUUAGUAAGCCGAAAGACGAUUUUCAGAGACGCCUUCACCCUUUAUUCAUAGAAAAUGAAGAUAAACAUGUUUGUUACUGCGAAGAGAACAGAAAGAUGCGAGGCCUCGGACAUAGCUAUUUGGAGGCAGUCCAUCGUGCUAGAGAAGAACGUAGAAAAUUAAAAGAACAAAGACUAAGGAAGAAGUUAAGAAAGGCUAAAAAGAAGGCAGAGUUGGAAAGGUUAUGCGAGUCUGAGAGGAUGAACUGCUUCCGGCACGACAACGAGCACUGGCGCACGGCGCCGCUGUGGACCGGCGGCCCCUUCUGCUUCUGCAUGAGCGCCUCCAACAACACCUACAACUGCGUCAGAACCAUCAACGCGACGCACAACCUGCUCUACUGCGAGUUUAUCACAGGCCUAAUUACCUACUAUAAUCUCCGAAUUGAUCCCUUCGAAACUCAGAACAGAGUGAAAUACUUGACCGCUAUGGAGAGAGAAUACUUCCACAAUCAACUACAACAGCUUCUCAGCUGCCGCGGGCCCUCAUGUCGCCGACACUCUUACUCGAAUCCGCAGGGCCUGACAGAAGACAGAAGGCGCUUCGAAGAUAAUCACAUGUUUCGAGGUGACUCUACCACGUAUAAUGAAAGAGCGUGGCGCUGGAGUGGCUACGGACGGCGGUACGCGAGGGCGCGCGCACUGCAUCGGCGUCGACACACGCUGCCCUACUGACUCCUAUCCUAUCCCACCACUGCCGCUCGUAACCAAAACCGUGAUAUUACCUUUGAGUAGUUUGAGUCUUCUGUAGAACACUGUUUCAAACUUAAACAGUACAAUGAACAUCAUUGGCGUCAUAAACUAGGCUGCCAAUUAUCUUCAUAAA